GCGGAGUUUUACUGGCCAUCAAAUCAACCCUGCAAGCUGUGUCUAUCGACGACAAUUCCUGGGAUGAUCUGGAAAUUGUGUGGGUCCGCCUCGAUCUCGGUAACCGGAAGCUCUUUGUGUGUGUGGUCUAUAUACCUCCGGAUCGUACACGAGAUAAUGUCCUUGCUACUGACGCUGCGACCUUUGCUUUUAAGAAAUGGACUUCCGUCCACGUGGCCACCCGCGACGGCUAGCUCAAUUUGGUAUCGGCUGGCAUCCAGCAGCGGAAUCCCAUUUCCCAAGCAAUCAAUUCGUAGCUAUGCUGCAGUGCACCGGAAGGAGGCCUCCAGCCUGUCCCCUGAGGCAACCGGAUCCGGAAGAACCGACGUGUCCACCGAUGUUCGACCAAUCGGAGAGCGGGUGAAGGAAAACACCAAAACUGCCAGCUACAUGGGCGUGAUCCUGCUGGGCGUUGGAGUUACCGGGAUUCUUUUUUAUGCCAUUUUCAGGGAACUUUUUUCCUCGAAUAGCCCGAACAACAUUUACACGGAAGCGCUGGAAAGGAUUCAGCACGAAAAUCGAGUUAAGGAUGCUUUGGGAGCUCCGAUCAAGGGCUUCGGAGAGGAAAGCCGGCGAGGCCGACGGAAUCACGUAGCCCACACUUCCUACGUCAGGGAUGGAGUUCAGUACAUUCGGAUGCAGUUUUACGUGCAAGGAAUCCGCAAUAAAGCGACCGUACAUUUAGAAAAGAAAAUGAACGACUCAGGCGACUAUGAGUAUCGGUAUCUGUUUGUUCAGCUCGAUUAUUAUCCCCACACAACGAUCAUCCUGGAGGAUAACAGACUGCAGCAGGAUGCUGCCAAGAGUGGUCAGCCAUUGCAGCCUCUUUUCUAGCUCACGUUCUAAUGUGUCGACUAAAUUAUGUCAUAUUUUGUAAAUAUAUUAAGUUUAAAAGUGUUUGAAGCUCUAGUAAUGAGAUGAAAUGUUGGAGAAAUGAUUUCAACAGCAAAGCA